GCACGGUGAGUGACCUCCUCCGUAAAUAGAAGCCGGAGCGCGAGCGACGUAAAACAAGAGUUUGACAGCCAAACUUCGACUGGAAUAUCUCCCAUUUAAAUGGAUCGUGAAGCGGGUCGUCCCAAGGGUAAGAGACGGAGGAGCCGCGGUGUUAUUUUAGGUGUCGUCGCGGGGCUCCUUCUGAUUGUUGGCGCAGUUGUGUUGGCACUGACGCUCCGGCCGGACACACUGAAGGCAACUUUUCUUACAAGGUGUAAGGAGUUCAAAGGAUAUGACUGUGAAAAGCUGUGGGGUGCAUUUGAACAAGCCUACGUAGGGCGGGACCCUUGUAAGGUUUCCAGGGAAGCCUAUGACCCUUUCAUUGCUGCAGCCGACUUCAAACCUGCAUGCAACAGACUGAUGUUCUGGAGCAAAACAAAGGAUGUGGUCCAUGACUUUACUAAGAAGAGAGAUUGUUAUCUCACGGUGGAGGACACUGUGUUGGGAUCUGUGCUGAAUGGUCUGACCUGGUGUGGAAAGGAGGGCAGCAAUGAAACAUUCACUACCAACUGCCCAGGAUGGAGAGACUGUGAAAACAACACUGUUGGCUCAUUCUGGAACAGAGUCUCAACUGCUUUUGCAGAUGCUGCCUGUGGUGAUGUCACAGCAAUGCUAAACGGAAACAUCGCCACACCAUUCAGUCCUACAAGCAUUUUUGCGAGCAACGAGGUGAAGAGGUUCGACUCCUCCAGGGUGAAAAGCCUGAAUGUUGUUCUGGUCACAGAGAAGAGCGCUGUGACAAACUGCACAAAUACAUCUUUAAAGGAUUUACAGAAAGAGCUGAAACAAGGAAUUAAAUAUAACUGCAAGGAAGUGACUGAAGCUCAGAUCCAGGAGUGUAGCUCCCAUCCUGAGAUACCCUGUGAAGCCUGUUGGUGAAGACGUGUGGGUGUGAACUAAUCGUCAGAUUAUAUGAGACACAAUAAUAAUCACGUGUU